CCCGAAGGGACCCUGCCUAUCUUGCCAACCUUCUUGAACACCAGGAGACGGAGUAGACUCCAGCAUCGUAACGUGUGGAUACCUCACAGUCACUGUUGCCUCUACGCUACAACUCACUGAUCAAGCAGGAGAUGCGGACUUAGCUUAUACAAAAUCUCAAUGUACUUGCAUCAAGGUGCCACCUUGGUAAUCUGGCUUUCUUGCACUUGGCAGCACUCAAACCAGCGACGUAUUCGCCUAGUGACCACAUAUCUUGGCACUGGAUGCAACCACAAGAGUCGACGAGAAUCGAACUUGAUUUAUAGACUUGCAAGCUAUUGCAACAGGCUGCCAUUAUCCGGGGGCACUCUUUCGUCUGUGUGUGUGCUAACCUCUGUCACAUCUAUCUCCAGAUCAAGACAUGAUGAAUCUGGGAAAGCUAGCCUCUCCGCUGAUGUCUCUCCGUAACGCGAUUCCUACUUUGUGUGACGACUGUAACAGCUGAGCAACC